UAAAAUUGUCCUGUAAAAGUGUCCUUUAAUGUGUUGAUGUAUUGCUCAAAAUGAUUCUAUUUUUAGACGCAUUUAAACUGAUCAUGUGACAACUUACCCCGGAGUCCCGCGCAAGUGUUUUAUUAAAUAAAAUCGGUUCCGGGAUGAAAGCAGCUGCUCCUUCUUCCGCUGGACUGCGUUCCUCUGCGGGAGUCACGGAGGGACUGAGAGCGUCAUGCGCGUGCAGAAGUGGAUCGGACUGUAGCGUGAGCGCGCGGACGGUAGUGUCGCGGGGACGAGCUGCGCGCUCCUGAUCGCGCUCAGUGCGGCUCGGACAGACGCGGGACCGGACCGUGCGUCCUCUGCGGGAACUCGAGAGGAACUUCCGCCGCGCGGAGCGAUGCAGGAGCGCUUCAUCAUGGACCUGCUGCUGCUCCUGAUGUCUCUGUCGGCGUUCCGUGUUUCUGCGGAGCAGGAGGUGGAGAAUCUCUCCGGACUUUCACCGAAUCCUGACCGGGAUAUAUUCGUAGUGAGAGAGAACGGAACGACCUGCUUGAUGGCGGAGUUUGCGGUGAAAUUCCUGAUUCCCUAUGACGUCCUGGCACUGAACGGGAUCGAUCUGAUCACGGAGCAGACGUCCGUGUCGAUCCCGCGUGGAGCUCAGAUCGCUGGGAAAUGCGGGAGCAGUGAGUCGGAGCUGCAGAUCUCGUGGAUCAAUCACGCUUUCACAUUCCUCAUCUUCUUCUCAAAGGACAAACACACCAGGGGCAGUGAUGGGAAAGCUAAAGAAACUGAAGUGUGGAAGAUAAACAAGGUCCAGCUGGUCUACAACACUUCAGAGACGACACACUUCAGUAACGCGUAUAAUCCGGGGAAACACACGGCCAGCACACACCGUCUCUCUGCUCUGGUGACUCCGGCCGGACGCUCGUAUGUUUGCUCGGCUCAGCAGACGCUCACACUGAUCUCCAGCGACCAUCAGAAGGGAAUCACCGUCUCCAUGUACGACAUUCAGAUCCAGCCCUUCGACAUCAAGAGCGACUUCGUCUUCAGUGAACAGUAUAAGUGCAUCACAGACGAGCGUGAGCAGCUGGAGCAGAUGUUGCCGCUGGUGUUGGGUCUCAUCCUGGGUCUCAUCAUCGUCAUCACCAUCUCUGUGUAUCACUUCCAUCUCAAACUGAGCGCCGCGCAGCCGCAGCUUCCUCGAGACCGCUCGCUCUACAAGAACAUGUGAGGACCCCUGCAGACCGUCUCCUCUCUCUCCGCUUCCUGUGUGCUGAGUGCAUGAGUUUCAUGACACUGCGAUUAAAUAUUGCUGUUGCUGUGUGGACAUUUUUGUCUACAAGUUUACAUUUCACAAUUACUAAUUUUAAAGUCAAAUGCAAGAUGUAAACAUAAUUGAGAGGAAAAUUUUGAAUUGAUGUAAACAUUACUUUAAUAACUCGUAAUUCAGACUUUUUUCACACAAUUUUGAAUUUAUAUUACGCAACUCUGUUUAUAUCUCAGACUUGCUAGAUACCGUCCAAAUUAAAAAGUGAAUGAGUUGAUGUGACCUUUGCUGUUUUUUAUUUCGAUUCUGCAGAAGCAGGUUUUCUGGAGUCUGGUCCUGAUGUUAGGGCACUGCACCAGGGCCAAGAUGAGUGUGAAAAUAGAUUUUAACUGAAAUGAAUGAAAUAUAAUGGUUUAUUAAAAAUAUAUAGUUGUCAAAUGCAUAGGCUUUCUAGCAUUAAUUUAAAGAUACUAGAGUAACAAUUAGGACAGUCCAUUUCACAAAGUCGCAUUUUAAUUGUGACACAAAUUCCUGCGCAAGCGCAGAACUGAGAAAGCAGCACUGGUGAGCUAUGAUGAAAUAUCUUUUUCAUGUUUAAUAGAGGGUUAGAUGCACUGUUUAUUAUUUUGCUGCAUUGUUAUUGUUUGUUGCUGUUCAGGUUGUUCUAACUUAAAAUGAUGCAUCUGUUAAAUGGGUCGCAAUGAAUGUAUAAUGUCAGGGAAUCGGUCGCAAUGAGCUUGUGUUUCGUUGUGAAGCAGACAUAAUUAAGUAUUUCUGGUGGUCAUGGUGAUAUCAAUAUUUGUUGUAAAGCAUGCUGCCUAAAACUGCUCACAUAUUUAUUUCCUGGUAGUCAGAUUUCAUCUGUAUUUGAACACGAUCCAUUCCGGCCGGACUCGGGACAUUUAUGUAUUUAUUACAGAUCGGGAUCGUCUCGUUUAGCUUCUCUCAGAUAUAGCUAGCGCACAUUGAUCUGGGUCUAACAUUUAAUCAUUGUUUUAUGCUUGAACUGUUUUAUUUCAUCUAUAGACUUUAUUUUACUCAAGUCGUGUUGAUUUGAGAAAGUUAAAUUGAUGAAACAUAUAUGAUCAGUUUACUGUCUCCCAUGACCGCUUGGACGUUACUUUAAAAAACUAAAACUUAUA